UUGGGGUGUGCGGAGGCGGGAGCGCCGCGGGGCCGCUCUGGGCCGUGAGGGGAGCCCGGACCCGGCUCCGUUCGGGGAGCUCCCGGUGCUCGCAGGGACCGGCUCCGCCUCCGCUGGGCCGCCCGGGUGCUCUCCGGGACUCGCUAAUUCCGCAGGGACCACUCCGGUCUCUCUGAGCUGCCGGCUGCCCUCAGGGACCGGCCCGGCUCACUGAGCCCCCGGUGCCCUCAGGGCCCGGUUCCAGCCCCGCUGAGCCCUCGGUGCCCUCAGGGCCCGGUUCCAGUCCCGCGGAGCCCUCGGUACCCGGCAUGGGGCUGCUGACCCAGCUGGUCCGCGGGCUGGUGCGCGGUGCCGACCGCCUGUCGCCGUUCACCAGCAAGCGCGGCCCGCGGAGCCACAACAAGGGCCGCGGUGCCAAGAAGCUGGGCGUGCUCACCCGCAACAAGAAGUUCCUCCUCGUCAAGGAGAUGGUGCCCGAGUUCGUCGUGCCCGACCUGACGGGCUUCAAGCUGCGGCCCUACGUGUCGUACCGCGCCCCCGAGGGCUCCGAGCCGCCCAUGACGGCCAAGCAGCUCUUUGACCAGCUGGUGGCUCCGCGCAUCGAGAAGGACGUGAAGGACGGCACGUUCGACCCCAACAACCUGGAGAAGUACGGCUUCGAGCCCACGCAGGAGGGCAAGCUCUUCCAGCUCUUCCCCAAGAACUACGUGCGGUAGGGAGCGGGCGGAGAUAGCGCCGGGCAACGCGGGACAGGAUCCCUCGCUGAACAGCAAAGCAAAUCCUUCUGCCGUGUUCUUCUGUGAUACCUGAUUGAAAUCUGCGGUGUGACUGGUGAUGCUCUGCGAGACAGCUGUGCCUGGUGAACAGAGCCCUCCCUGGGGUUCCGAGGAUGAGGAAUCCAUGGCGUUUCUAAAUAAAAAGUACUGCAAAGUUGAAGAAUUAAACUUUACAAAUUAAAUUAAGACUGAAACGUUCGCUCUGGGAGAAAGGAAGAUGAGUGGAUGGUCUGUGAGGGCUGUAAUAAGGGCUGACAGAUGAGUCCUUAGGGUGGUGUGGGGGGUUCAAACCCCACAUUUUGGGGCUGGGCAGGGCUGUGAUGGAGUGGGGGUGCUGCAGCCCCAGUGACACAAGGAUGAGCCACAGUGGGCUGGCUGGGGAUGGGGAAGGCUUUCUAACAGCUUUUCUAACUGAGCUCUGCUUUGUUCCCCUCCUGCGGAGCUGAUCAGAACCAGUCCCACACACGUGGCUGUUACUGCCUCCGUGGCCUUUCAGCCCUUCCCUUGGGAGCCUUGGCAGGUGCCUGGAGGGGGAUGCAGGGCUGGAGAGCAGGAAAUCCUCUGCCCUUCGCUGCCAUUUCCAGCGUGCUCUGCACCCCCUCAUUUCCCUCACAGCCCAUGGAAGGAGCUCGCAGCUGGAUCCUCAUUGCUCUGAGCAAAGCCAGGCCUGGCCCAAAGCCCAAACCGGGCUGGUCCCAGUGGGUGUCACCCUCCAGCCUCGCUGCCCUGGGGCUGUUCCUGCUCUGCCAGGGCAAUAAAAGCCAUUACAACCUUUCAGACAGACACAGGGACACACCCUCGGCUUUCCCAGGAAACUGGCUGGUCCGCUCUGCCUCCCAAAGAAUAUCCACCCCUGGAGCCCCAGGUGGCCCAGGCCAGGGCAGGAGCUCCUCACAAGGACUGCCAAGUAACUUGAUUUUUAAAACUCAACCAAAACAAGAUCAAUUGCUUAUAUCGGCUUUAUUUUAGAAACAUCCAAAAAUAGCAUGUUUGUUUUUUUCUUUAGCAAAAGCUCUUGUUUUCAUUACUAAUAUGAAUCUUCAUGUAGCAGUGCUCCAGAAUGUUUGCUAAAAUACACAUUCACCCUUGAGAAGGGGGUUACAAAGCAGCAAUGUUCUCAUCUGCUGCAGCACUGUUACACAGAGACCUGUUGCUGGUGUUUCUUUCCCUCCACACAACUCAUUCUUUAGGACCCUCAAAGACAAACCGUGCAAGCUAAAGGUUACUGAUCUAGUUUAAGCUGGUCUUUUGUUUCUAGGAGUAGAGAAAUGUUCCAGAAAGGGUUUUGCUGAUGUUUCACAGUGAAAAAAGAGAGCUGAUGGAGCAACCAUGAGAAAUCCUGCAGCCAUUCCUGGAGGUAGUUAGGGCAAUGCUGUUAAGAUUUUGGUUUCUGUACUUACUUUAAAUUUAAAAAGAUGUCAAGAAACA